AUGAGUGUAACCAAGCAACUAUUUUCCAACCUGUGCCUAUGCAGGUCACUAUCCAGUGUACCUGUAGCUGUGUCGAUCCCAGGAUAUGAGAGAGACAAGGAAGGCAUAAGUGACUUCAGAGCACUCCGAGCAAAAUUUCAAAAUGAUUCCAAUUUUUCAAAUACUGUGCCACAACCACCCAAGAAGCCUCCUGCAGAAAGUUUACACCUACCAAGCUCCGACACUAAGGGUGUGUCCAGUCCCAGAAUCCUGAACCAAGGGAAAGUGCUGAUGUCAGAACAAAAGAGAGAACAAAAUUGUUCUGCUGUGCAUAGCUCAGAGCUAAUGCAGUCCAAACCUUUCGUAUUACCUAGAGUCAAGCAUGGCAACUUGUAUCUAGCAGGGAAGAAUGAAGGCCCAAAGAAUAAAGCCGUGGAGGGAGCCCUUUGUGGAGAUGCACCUCCUAGAGGGGAUUCACAGAAACCCCGUCCAACUUCUUGCAUUUAUCAGCAGGCAUCUGUUAAUGCAAAUUCAGAGGAAGAACUGUUAAACUCCUUCCAUCAUACUCUGCAGAUCUGGGAAAGUGCUUCAGCUCAGAAUGACAGGAAGUGUGCAAUGCUUCCACCACCACAGUGUAUAAGUGGGAAUCCUUCUGCUCAGCCACGGGUUCUGAACACUACCCUCGGAGCAGAGAGCAACAAAAUGAGAAGUGCUGGGAAGGAGCAAGUACUGGAUUUCUCUACCCAAAAGAAAUCUCUCCCCGCCAGUAGAAUGCCUAUACUGCCCCAGACUUCAUCACCUCCCCGUCCAUCUAGCGGUUACAAGAGCACUGAGCAAAGCCCUAAGACGACUGGAUUCUCUCAGCUUGCUUAUGAUCCACACAAGCCAAGUGAGACCUCUCAGUAUCUGAAAGCAUCAGAACCCUUUCUCCAUCAUGCUGGCACAGAAAGACAACUUGAUGUCAAGGAUAGCAAACCUCCAAAAGUUAAACCACUUCCUUCAGUUGAAUCUCUUGGUUCCCCUCCAAAGAAACCUCUGAGGCCCCCAAAAGUGAAUCUCGGUGCCUUCCGGCAGUCAGCUCCACAUGUCAGCAGAAGAAAUGAAACUGCUGCUGUAGAAGAUGACUACAUGGCUCCUGAAAAUGCUGAAUCUGAAGAACUACAUAAUUAUGAAGAAACCAUAUCAUACGUGAAACAAUCUGGGAACUCUCUAACCUCGUGUGCCAUUCAGGAUAUUGCUGACCUAUCUAGCACGGGAAUCCAAGAACACGAAAAGAAGCAGAAAACUUUUCUGUUUGCCACAUCCAGCACUGAAAGAGUCACAGAGGAUGAAAAAAAGGAAAAAUCGAAAUGGGAUCUCGAUAGAGAGAGGCAACAGCAAGCGAAGAAAACGUCCAAGAUUAGUGGUAGUGAGGAUAUGCUACAUAAAUCACAAAUACAUGAAGGCAAUGAAGGUGGGAAGAACAAGCUACAAGUUAAGCAGAGAUAUACAACUGACGUCAUCCAAACUGGGAAGUGGCUGGCAAAAGAUGGAGUAGAACAUUCUCGCUAUGUGUGCGUCAGUGCCUUGAAAGCGGAUGAAGACAUGGUGGCUUUGAGCCAAAGGAUUCUGAAGCCAAUGCAGACAUCAGAGGAUGUGUAUGAUGAUGUAGAAGAUAUAGAGUGUGCCGUGAAUCAAGCCUCUGAUGCCUUUAGCUCGUUCACUUCAGAUAGCUUUUCAGAAAACAAGUGUGACGAAAUAUAUGAGGAUAUUCAUAAUGGGGAUUAUAAUCCAAUCAAACUGGAUUUGGAUAGAAUAGAAAAACUAAAGCAAUUUGGAAAGUUUUUCAAGAAAGACAUAAUUAAACUGAAGAAUGCCAAGAUGAAGGAAAACCGCCGCAUAUUGUCCAGUUCAGUACCAAACUUAGACGUUGUGUCCCAGGGAAAUGUGGCAUACGAUGACAUUGAUGUGGAUCAAAAAGAUGCAAAAGAGAAGGAUGACAAACACAAAAAUUGGAAGCUAAAAUUUCUGAUGCCAAAAGAUAAAGAUCAAACAAGAAGCAGUGAAGAUAUAGAAAGUCUUUCCUCUAGAAACUUCUUCAAAGCCAAGAAAUAUAACAUAGACAAGAGAAAGAAGGCAAAAGAAGAGAAGUUAUUCAGAGAGAAAUUUAUGUACAAUAAGGAAAUCACAAUCGUCAACACAGCAGUUGCACACUGUUCUGUCGCAAGCAAAGGGAAACUUGAUUUACCGAUCACCGCCGGAGAACAACUGGAUGUUAUUGACAUCACAGAAGAGAAUCAAGUAAUAUGUCGCAAUUCUGAGGGCAAAUAUGGCUAUGUGCUAUUGGAGCAUUUGGAUUUCAGGUAA